AUGUACGGCUGGAGAUGGUUGGCUGGAGAGGCGGCGAGUCCGGCUUCCGGUCGCGCCAACUGUUCGGCGUGUCCUUGUGACCAGGACCCGUUUUUCAUCAGCCCCAUCGACAAAAGUUGGGCGCUCUUUAUCUGCUGUUUGUACCUCGACAAGCUGAAGAAUAGACUGAGGAUGGGCUUAAGCCGACCCUCAGCUAUGUCUGGAAGGAGGAACGGCAAAGAUGACAAUAUGAACUAG